CAAGGGUGUUUUGAGCAGCGAAACUCUUCAUGCUGUUCGCCGAUACAUGUUAAAUGGCAUUUGUGUUUAUAUUAUCGCUUUUGUUGAUGGAUCAUAUAGAACACCAGGAACCAUAACUGGAUACGAUUAUAGAUGAAAACAUAACUAAUACAACAUAAUUUUAUACAUUAAAGCACAUCAGUUGAAGACAGGACAAGAACAUGGGAGCUUCCGGGUCUCAGCCUGAGAAAAGGAUCGUGCUUCUUGGGAAAACCGGAGAUGGCAAGAGCAGCGCCGGGAACACGAUUCUCAAACAGCAAGUCUUCAAGAGUAAAGCUUCACCCGAGUCUGUGACGGCUGAAUGCGUCAGUGGAGAGCGGAAGGUCGACGGCAGAAAGAUCACCGUUAUUGACACCCCUGGACUCUUCGACACUGGACUGAAUGAUGAGACCAUCAAAUCUGAGAUCAUUAGAUCCGUGAUCGAAAGCUCUCCGGGUCCAGACAUGUUCACCAUCGUCCUGAAGGUCGGGAGAUACACAGGACAAGAAAUGGAGAUUGUGGAUAAAAUCGUGGAGUGUUGUGGGGAAGACACCUUCAAUCAUUCAGUGGUUUUAUUCACUCACGGCGAACAGCUGGAGGGUCAAACCAUUGAGGAAUUUGUGAAGGUGAGUCCAAAGCUACAGGAGCUAGUUGAUAAAUGUGGAGGCCGCUGUCACGUCAUCGACAGUAAAUACUGGAAAAGGCGGAAAAUUGGAUACAGGAGCAACAGAGUUCAGGUGAAAAAUCUUCUGGAGACCAUCGAACAGAAGCUGAAGGACAGUAAGAACGGCUGCUACACCAAUGAACUGCUUCAGAUAGUGGAGGACGAGAUUCAAGAGGAGAUGAAGAACGUAGACGAGGUCAAUUUGUUGCCAGAAGAGAAACGAGAAUUAGCGAAAAAGAUUGUGCACAAAAAACUUCUCAAUCGGCUCGCGGGAGUGACCACAGGGACGCUGACCGGUGCUUUUCUGGGCAUCGGUGUCGCAGUGGCAUCUGUCGUGAGUUUACUGAAAGCCACCAAUGUUCCCGAGGUGGUGACAGCAGGAGCCGCAGCAGGAGCCGCGGGAAUAGCAGCAGGAGCAGUAGCGCUGAAAGCAGGGAUUGUUGCCGCGGGAGCUGGAGUUGGAUUAGCUGGAUCGGGUCUCGCUGCCGCUACAGGUGUUGCUUUCGGAGUCGCAGCUUUUGCCGGAGCGAUCGGAGGAGGAAUUACUGGAUAUAAAGCAGCAGAUGAGGGCGAUUCGGUGUGUGUCACCAUAAAGAACACAGCCAAACUCAACUAUGAGAACGCCAAAGGUGCGGCGAAAAAGGCAAAGAAACAUCAAAACAAACUGUUAAAUAAUGAGGACAAUUGUACUGAUUAGGGAACAGAGCAGUUUUUAGUUAUUUAUGGAAUAGAUUAUAUUAUCAUUGUUUUAUGUGCUUUAUCAGGCUUUUUUUUGUCUAAAUAAUGCAUUCACUAUAUUACAUGUAUAGUGUUGAUGUAUGUUGAGUAUGCGGAAACGUGGAAAUAACGCAGAAGUGAAUUGUAAUAAUAAAGAGCAGACCUGA